GCUUGAGACAAAAACCACACGAUUCUCCCUAUCGCAUCUCCUUCUUUCAAUUCAUUCAUUCAUUCAUUCCCUAUGGGAUAAUAAUACUCAUUUUUGUGCAAAUAUUAAAAAUCAAAUUCCCAAGUAAAAAAACACCCAUUAUUGAAGAUGAGAGGUUGCUGAAUAGACAGUUUUGAUAGAUGAUGGCAACUCUACCUGUGUGUUCAGCUACUGCUUCCUUUUCUUCCCAUACGCAGAUUCCUCCUAUCUAUGAGGGGUUGAGAUCCUUCUCUUCCUGUUGGAAGACAUACCAGAUGAAAUGCAAUGUCAUGGACCGGGUGUCUAAUUCAUUCCAUCUGAGAAUUGUUGAUACUUCUGCUCUACCUAAGUCCGUAACUAGAGGAGAAUUGGCUUCAUUGAACUUGGAUACAAGUUCCUUAUCUGAUGUGAAAUCAUAUGCUAUGGAUGUUUUUAAGAAUGGACAAAGUUAUUUGAACAAUUCACUUGAUGGAACUAGCUCAUCUGUUACAUCAGCUCUUAGACAAGCAGUUGAUCUAGUGAUUAGUAAAUUGCCAUCAAAAACAGGGGAGUCGGCGGUGACAGCCUUGAAAGAAGCCUCUGGUAGAGUUGGUGUUCUUGCUGUUGAUGCAUUGAGACAUAUAAUUCUCAUUGUCGAGGAUUCGGUAUCACGAUUUGUUGUCUAUGCUUAUGGGUCUGUAAUGGAGAUGCUUCCUCCAGAGAUCCAGGAUGUGCUAAAUGUUUCGCUUCUCACUCCAUUGCGACAGGGUUAUGUUGCUCUGGAGGGUUUGGAGAGGAACCUUGGCAUGGAUCCAAGUGACCCAAUUAUUCCGUUUGUUCUUUUCCUUGGGGCAUCAACCUCUUUUUGGUAUGAGUACCCCUUCUAUUCCUUAUUUCAUUGUUCCCU